AUGGAGAGUCCGCAAAGUAGAGAGGGCGUCGCGGAGAGUGGCUGUCCGGACAGGCAGGAGGUUUCCCAGCAGAAUGUUCGGGGCAGUGACUCGCGGGCCGUCACGUUAAAGCCCGCGUUUGCCAGCCCGUAUGCCUUCUACAGUUCGUUACAUGAGCGCUAUCUGCUUCACCUCAACGAUGAUCCUUUCUCACUGGAGGCGUUCAUGACGCAGCAUUUGAAGAUGGGCGGUGCUUACUGGGCACUAACUGCAUUAUGGCUGCUAGGAAACGGUAGCGGAGCUGGACCUUCAUCCAAGGCGGGGGACACGAAGAACGCGUCUGUCGCGUCCAAUGCUUCUGUGUUUCUGGAGCGAGAGAGGGAACUCUGCGACUGGGUGUUGUCCUGCCAACAUCCUUCAGGUGGAUUCGCUCAGGGGCCAGGACAGGAUCCUCACAUUACCAGCACGCACUACGCUCUCCUCCUGCUUGUGGGCAUGAAUAAACUUCAUCUGGUCGAUACAGCUCGAGUUGCAGCCUGGGUCAAAAACCUAAAGACUCCAGCAGGGGGUUUCAAGGGAGACGAAUGGGGAGAAUGCGACACACGCUUCGCCUACUGCGGUGUCGCUUCCCUGACCCUUGUGGGUCAUCUCGACCGGGAAACAGCGAAUGAAACUGCACUGUACGUGCAGAGAUGCAGGAAUUCUGACGGAGGCUUCGGGUGGAUUCCCGGGGGAGAAUCGCACGCGGCCUCGGUUUUCUGUUGCUUGGCUGCUCUAGCACUAUCUGAAGGUCUCAGCUGUGUCGAUAAAGAGCAGUUGGCGCUGUGGCUCCUCGACAGACAAGUUGGUGGUGGCGGAUUCAACGGACGCCCCGAAAAGGCUCCCGACGUCUGCUACUCUUUCUGGAUUCUUGCUUCUCUGUGUAUUCUGGGAUACAUGGACUGGGUGGAUACCAAGGGUCUGACGGAAUUCAUUCUCCAAGCUCAAGACGACGAAGAGGGAGGCAUAGCAGAUAGACCGGGCGACGUCAGUGAUGUAUUCCACACAUAUUUCGGCAUUGCAGCACUCAGUCUAAUGCAAACCGUUCCAGGCAUACACAAA